AUCUCGGCACGGCGGGCGGCGCCGCUACACGCAACGUUACGGCGGCCGGCGGGCUUUCCCUGCGCCGUCAGCUGAUGGGCGCCGGGUCGGGCCGGCGGCAACAUGGCGGCGGAGAUCCAUUCGAGGCCUCAGAGCAGCCGGCCUGUUCUCCUCAGUAAGGUCGAGGGGCAUCAGGACGUGGUGAGCGCCGCGCUCCUCAUCCCCAAGGAGGACGGGGUUAUCACGGCUAGCGAGGACAGAACAAUACGAGUAUGGCUGAAGAGAGACAGUGGACAAUACUGGCCCAGUAUCUAUCACACCAUGUCAUCACCAUGUUCAGCCAUGACUUACCAUCAUGACAGCAGAAGAAUAUUUGUAGGCCAGGAUAAUGGAGCUAUCAUGGAAUUUCAUAUUUCAGAAGACUUUAAUAAGAUGAACUUUGUGAAGACUUAUCCAGCUCAUCAGAAUCGAGUGUCUGCUAUUACUUUUUGCUUGGCAUCAGAGUGGGUUAUCAGCACCGGUCAUGACAAGUGUAUCAGCUGGAUGUGUACCAGGAGUGGGAGUAUGUUGGGAAGGCAUUAUUUCACCUCUUGGGCUUCAUGUCUACAAUAUGAUCAUGAAACUCGACAUGCAUUCGUUGGUGAUUAUUCUGGACAGAUCACUCUCCUGAAGCUUGAGCAGAAUACAUGCUCAGUUAUCACAACACUCAAAGGACAUGAAGGAAGUAUUACUUCCCUGUGGUGGGAUCCAGCUCAACGACUGCUCUUCUCAGGUGCCUCUGAUCACAGCAUUAUCAUGUGGGAUAUUGGUGGAAGGAAGGGUCGAACACUGCUGCUUCAGGGCCAUCAUGACAAGGUGCAGGCUAUCUGUUACAUACAGCUGACACGACAGCUGGUAUCUUGUUCAGCUGAUGGGGGAAUUGCUGUUUGGAACAUGGAUAUCAGCCGAGAAGAGGCUCCUCAAUGGCUAGAAAGUGAUUCCUGCCAGAAAUGUGAACAACCUUUCUUCUGGAAUAUAAAGCAAAUGUGGGACACAAAGACAUUAGGGUUGAGACAGCAUCAUUGCAGAAAAUGUGGGCAAGCAGUGUGUGGGAAGUGCAGUAGCAAACGAUCAAGUUACCCAAUCAUGGGAUUUGAGUUCCAGGUCCGUGUCUGUGAUUCCUGUUUUGAGUCAAUCAAGGAUGAAGACCGUACUUCCUUGGCAACCUUUCAUGAAGGAAAACACAACAUUUCACACAUGUCUAUGGACAUCUCCAGAGGGCUAAUGGUGACUUGUGGAAGUGACCGGAUUGUGAAGAUCUGGGACAUGACGCCAGUAGUUGGUUGCAGCCUUGCAACUGGCUUCUCUUCACGCUGAUCUCAUACAUGACAGGUUUAUGCACCUUAUAUACAGCAAUAUGCACCGAACGGAUGGAAUUCUUCUUACAAUUAUUACCGCAAACACUGGCCGCUUGAUUCUUCUCCUGCUGCUGUUCCAGGAUGGACAGUGACCUUUGUAGAGCACAGCUUUUCUGUUGGGCUCACCAGGAAUCUCCUUGGUGCGGAAGUGCAGUUUUGCAACCUCUUGGACUAACUUAAAAUGGCUACUGGCAAUAUGACCCCUUGAUGAAAGGACCUGUUGUUUCUCAGUUUACAUAUAUAAUGUUAACAGUGUGCUAUCUCUGCUGAUAAAUCUUGUACAGAUACCUUAUAGCUAAACCAUUAUCUGAGUAAAACCAGUGUAGUAAAUGCAAUUUGUGCAAAUAGUAAAAUAACUUAUUCUCUCUUCCAAAAAGUAGCUCUGUAGAAAUACGUUUGAGCAGUCACUGUCCAAACUGCCUCAAAAAGGUAUGAUGGUUAUUCCUAUGGAAGGAGAAAAAACUUCAAAGUGGCACAUAACUUCUUUCAGAUGAGAUAGUUGGAGAACCUUUGAUCACACAAGAUUUCCUUUAUUGGCUUUCUUGUAGUGUUUGUCUUCAAGUUCAUUUACUAGUGAAAUCACUUUUGUGGGUCAGCUGUUUUAUUUAGGUAGCUGGUGAGGCUUUGAACAAUUCUAGGCUCUUUAGGUAGUGUUUUAGCAUAGCUAAUAAACUUCUCUCAUUCUUAUGAAAACAUGCAGCCCAGCUACUCUACUCUAAAGACAGGCUGUAGCUAUGAGCCAUAUAAUUUGACAACUCUAUAAUGGUGUUAGAAUGGGAAGUCAAGCAAAUCUGCCUUGUCAGAUACAGUGGCUAAGAAAAUAUGGCCAGCUAAAUUUAGAGACUUUUUUCCCAUGGAAAGGCUGAUGUUUCUUUAAUGGUAGGGAACCUGUCUCUGCUGAAGUGUGGCAUAAAUUCAGAUGCUACCUUGAUGUUGCUCAAAAUGGAUAAAUACAGAGCAAUAAUUACUGAGGUACAGAACAACUGUUUUUUUUCCCCUGCACUUAAGUGUGUUGAUCCCAAAAUACUGUUGAGUGUUUCCUGUUUGAAAGCAGAGAAGUAUAAAGAAGAACUGGGAGGGUUUUGUGACUGCAGUUGGCACAUACAGGAAAUAAGUAUUGAGAUAUUGUCAAUAAAUUGAUGUGUCAGCCAUGUGAAUUUCCUACAUUUGAACACUGCAAGAAUUUACUUUGAAGCUUCUGAAACUGAGUCACAGUGUUAAGCUUGGAGCUGUUUAGAUUUCUCUGAAGACAGAAGCAUAUGUGUGAGGACAAAAAUUGUGGGUAGGUCAGCUGGCCUGGAAUAUGUGGUGUUGCACAGCUGUCAAAGGUAAUAGGCUCUUUCUGGCAGAGGGCUUAAAGGUUAGAUUGUCGUUAUUUACAGUAACAAUCAAGUGGUGCUAUGAGUGUUGGUGAAUUCAAGUCCUAGGUGUGUAACUUGACACUAAUAACCUGCACCGGACCAUGCUGUAGGCUGAAAUUGAUGAAGAUCAUGGUAUUGUUAAUAUGUCAUGAUUCACUUACAUUUUAAGCCAAAAAGCUGAUAGUCUUCAAAGGGCAUUAAAAUCUAGAAUGUGUUACCAUUA